AUGGCAAAUACUCGAGAAGUUACAGAUAUGAAGUCAAUCAAUGAUUAUUGUCAACAGAUGACUAAAAAAUUACUUGAACUAGCUCAAACAUUUGCAAGAAAAUCUCGACGGCCAUCGACAAAAUUAACUUGUGAUGAUUUAAUUAAUGCUUUAGAAUUUGAAUUAAUUAUGACUACGAAAAAAUGCAUCUACUAUAUGCGACAUUUUGAAGCACUUCACAAUAUUCCGCCAUGUAAUUUUCGUAUUCCUGAUCCAGAACUAAGUCCGUAUGGUCAAACCCAAGCGUUUGCUGCUAUUGAAACUAUAAAAAAUAUACCAUCGAUCGAUUUAAUUGUCUGUUCGCCAUUAACACGUACACUUGAAACAUCUUUACUUGUUUUUAAAAAUCAAUACCCUUCACCAUUCAUUAUUCAUCCUGAUCUACAAGAGGUUUGUACGGAACCAUGUGAUAUUGGAAGUUCAGUUGAUCAAUUGAAAAUAAAAUUUCCAAGUUUAUCUAAUGAAUUAGAUAUGUUUACACAAACAUUUGGUGACACUGAAUGGCUUGAUAAAAUGAAUCCGGAUAAUAUUUAUUCGCCUACAAGAAUAAAGGAAAGAGUGAAACGUUUACUUGAUUGGCUUCUUAAUCGUGUCGAAAAGCAUAUUUUUAUUAUUUCUCAUGGUUUAAUGCUAAAAGAAUUUUUAUAUGGUGGCAAUGAUCAGAAAUACAAUUUCAAAAAUGGAGAAAUUCGAACAGUUGAAUAUGCUUGUUAA